GUGUCCCUCGGACACAGCGGAUCACCGAUCCACAGAAAGAGCCGAAGAUGUCGGCUCGGUCAUGUGAUCAGCUGUGUCCAAUCACAGCUGAUCACAUGGGACAUCUACACUGAUUAUCAGAGCACUGAUGAUCAGUGUGCCCUGAUGAUCAGUGUAGCCCCAGCAGUGCCACCUGUCAGUGUCCAUCAGUGCUCAUCCAUGCCACCUGCCAGUGCCCAUCAGUGCCAGCUAUCAGUGCUCAUCCAUGCCACCUGCCAGUGCCCAUCAGUGCCAGCUAUCAGUGCUCAUCCAUGCCACCUGCCAGUGCCCAUCAGUGCCACAUUUCAGUGCCUACCAGUGCACAUCAAUGCCACAUAUCAGUGCCCAUCUGAGCUGCCUUUCUGUGUCACCCAUCAGUGCCACCUAUCAGUGCACGUCAGU